GCCGCCGCUGAGAGACUCCGCCGAUUUCACCAUGAGCGCCUCCGCCUGCCUCCUCGUGCUGACUACCGUGAUUACCAUGGCAACAGCUCAAGGAGGAUACGGACAGAUCAUCCCCAUCGUGAGGGACGACCGGACGCAGAAUCCGUACGGAGAGAACCGGUUCGAGUUCGAGGCCGGGAAUGGCAUCGUGCGGUACGAGACGGGCAGCGAAAACGACGGGCACGUGCAGGGGGAGGCUGGAGAUACCAGUCCCCCGAGGGCGUCCCCGUCGAGAUCACCUUCGUGGCCGACCAGGGGGGUUACCAGCCCCAGGGGGAUCUGCUCCCCGUGGCCCCCCCUCUCCCAUACGAAAGGACUCAGAACUUCGGUGGCGGCGGAGGAUAUGCCUGAGGGAAGAGGCACCUGAUUAUCUCCUUAUUUUCUAUUGCAUUUUCUUAUCUUAAGGUUCUAUUUCAGACUCUCCAAAAGAACAAGAAUUAACCACAGUCCUUUCCAAGAGAGACAUUCGCAGAUUAGGAAAAACUUAAGGGCAUCUGAAACGAUUACUUUUUCUUUUUCGACAAUCCUUAGAAACUGUUAGUAGAUAUUUUUCUAUCCUAUCCUUUUUCCUUUUUAUUCCUUAAUCGGCUCUUCUUUUAGCUGACUAUACGUAGCCUUUUUAUUGAUUUUUUGUUGUUUUUCUUUCCAGUAUUCAAUUUAAUUUCUGUUUGAUAUAUUCAGGCAUUUUUUUUUUUUUUUUAAGUUACACACUGAUUUUUUGCAUCUGUUGACUUGUACUACACAUAUGAAAUUGUGUUCUGUAUUGUAGUUUGUUGUUUGUCUUUAUGUCUGUAAGAAAGGAGAAAGUUGUCCUAAUAAAUAUUUAAUGAAG